AUGGCUAAAAGUGGCUUUAUGCCUGCAUGGAUGAAAAUUUCCAAUUCAGAUAAAACAAAUCCUAAUCAAAAAUAUACUAAUGAACAAUCUCAACAUUCAUAUGGAAAAGAUAUAGAUAUAAAUUCUCAACGUCGUCUACAUCUUUUACCAACAAAUUUAGAUAAACGUAGCCGUUUUUUGAAUUCUAAAACAAUAUUACUUUUAUUGUCUGUACCAGAAACAACAGAAGAAAAAGAAUUAUUAAUACGUAUGGGUUGGAAUAAUGAUAUGACUUAUGAAAUAACAGAUACUGAUAAAGAAGAAUAUGAAAAACAAAUUAAAUAUUUUCCAAAAUUAAAUUUAAAUAAUCGAUCCUCAGUAUUAAUGUCCGCUUUAAAUCGUCGUGCAUUACCUUAUAUAAAUAUUCAAGAUAUAUUUCAACAUGAAAUGAUUGAUUCACAAUCAGAUGAUGACGAUUAA